UUGGGCCCAUUGGGCCCCCAAGCCCGUGACAGGUAGAUUUCGAGUCUCUCUCUCCUGUGCUGCUUAUUAAACACGAAAAACCUCGCUUUAUUCGUCUCUGUAUUCCACUUUCCUCUCUGCAGCUCAUUACUGCAUCGAACUUGGUGAAUCGGUGAAUAUGGGAACCUACGUCAGAGUAAUUUUGUUCUCUCUGUUCCUUUCUUACUUGUUCUUUUCUCUGGUCUCUUCCGCUGCCAAUGAUGAUUUGGUGAGAAUGAAACUGAAAAAAAUGAAAUUGGAUUCAAACAACCUGCUUGCUUCACGGUUAGAGGCCAAGGAUGGAGAGACUCUCAGAUCUUCAAUAAGAAAGUACCGUUUCCGUGGUUAUCUUGGGGACUCCAAGAAUACUGAUAUUGUUGCCUUAAAGAAUUACUUGGAUGCUCAGUAUUUUGGUGAGAUUGGUAUUGGUACUCCCCCACAAAAGUUCACUGUAAUUUUUGAUACUGGAAGCUCUAACUUGUGGGUUCCCUCAGCUAAGUGUUACUUCUCGGUUGCUUGUUAUUUCCAUUCCAAGUACAAGUCAAGCGAAUCGAGUACCUAUAUGAAGAAUGGAGAGCCUGCUGCCAUUCAGUAUGGUACUGGUGCUAUUUCUGGUUUCUUUAGCUAUGACAAUGUCAAAGUCGGUGACCUGGUUGUGAAAAAACAGGUGUUCAUUGAGGCAACAAAGGAGCCCGGUGUUACUUUUAUGGUUGCCAAGUUUGAUGGUAUACUAGGACUUGGAUUUCAAGAGAUCUCUGUUGGAAAUGCUACCCCAGUGUGGUACAACAUGAUCAAACAAGGUCUUAUUAAGGAUCCUGUAUUUUCAUUCUGGCUUAAUCGCAAUGUAGGAGAAGAAGAAGGGGGUGAAAUUGUGUUUGGUGGGGUUGAUCCAAAUCACUAUAAGGGUGAGCACACAUAUGUUCCCAUCACACGAAAAGGUUACUGGCAGUUUGACAUGGGCGAUGUCCUUAUUGAUGAUAAACCUACUGGGUACUGUGGUGAUGGAUGCUCAGCAAUUGCGGAUUCUGGGACUUCCUUGUUGGCAGGCCCAUCAACUGUGGUUACCAUGAUAAAUCAUGCCAUUGGAGCCAGUGGAGUUGUCAGCCAGGAAUGCAAGACCGUUGUUUCACAGUAUGGACAAACCAUUAUGGAUUUGCUUCUUGCUGAGACACAACCUAAGAAAGUCUGUUCACAAGUUGGAUUGUGCACAUUUGAUGGGACCCAUGGGAUUAGCAUGGGAAUUGAGAGUGUGGUAGAUGAAAGCAACCAAAAAUCAUCUGGUCUUGGUGAUGCUAUGUGCAAUGCUUGUGAGAUGACUGUCGUCUGGAUGCAACACCAAUUGAAGCAGAACCAGACACAAGAACGCAUACUAGACUAUGUCAACCAGCUCUGCGAUAAAAUGCCUAGUCCAAUGGGAGAAUCAGCUGUUGAUUGUGCAAGUAUUUAUAAUAUGCCUCCUGUUUCCUUCACCAUUGGUAAAAAAGUGUUUGAUCUCAGGCCAGAAGAGUACAUCCUCAAGGUGGGAGAGGGUUCUGCAGCUCAGUGCAUUAGUGGCUUUACUGCUUUGGAUAUACCACCUCCUCGGGGACCUCUCUGGAUUUUGGGAGAUAUUUUCAUGGGUCGCUACCACACCGUCUUUGAUUAUGGUAAACUGAGAGUUGGGUUUGCUGAGGCAGCAUGAAGCAUUUGUCUUAAUCUAUUUUAAGAGAGUAUGCACGAGUUCCUUAUAAAGGGAUGCAAUUCAGCUUUUAAAAAAGUCGCUAAACUUAGCCCAAUACAGAAAUCAUGUUUGUAACUAUUUGUGUUCCUUUACAUGUUAAUGAUCUGCAGUUUAUAUGUUUGGAAUAUGGAGCUUGCCUUGUGAGUUGGUAGUUGAUCAUUUCCAUGUCAAUGUCAUCAUGCCGUAGUUUAGACUUUA